AUGAAAACCUUGCAUGUGGCCGCGAAGGGAGGAGAUCUGGCGGAGGGUUGUGGAAUACUCGCCGGAGACGCUGAUGAGACUAUUUUGAUGGAUGGAAUUGGUGAUGUCGGUAGAGAGAUCUGGCUAGAUGACCAUGGAGGAGACCAUGGUCAUGGUCAUCGUGAAGAGGAUGAUAUAAUUGUUCACCAUGACCCUUCAAUGUUCUACGGAGAUCUACCAACACUCCCUGACUUCCCAUGCAUGUCCUCAUCUUCAUCAUCUUCAACAUCUCCAGCUCCCGUCAAUGCAAUCGUCUCCUCAGCCUCUUCCUCCUCGGCAGCUUCUUCCUCCACUUCCUCAGCUGCUUCUUGGGCUAUACUGAAAUCAGACGGUGAAGAUCCGACGACUCAGAAUCAAAACCAGUACGCAUCAGGAAACUGUGAUGUCGAGUCUUCAGCCGCACUACAGUCCACUGCUUCCAUGGAGAUUCAGUUGGAUAACACUCAAGGUUUCGGUUGCGGCGAAGGCGGUGGUGAUUGCAUUGAUAUGAUGGAGACUUUCGGGUACAUGGAUCUACUCGAUAGCAACGAGUUCUUUGAUACGUCAGCCAUCUUUAACCAAGAUGAGGACACGCAAAACCCUAACUUGAUGGACCAAACGCUCGAGAGACAAGACCAGAUCGUUGUUCCAAUGUUGGAGAAUAAUAAUAAUAAUAGUGGAGGAGACAUGCAAGUGAUGAAUCAUUCGCUGGAACAAGAGGAUGAUCUUGCGGCUGUGUUCUUGGAGUGGCUGAAGAACAACAAGGAGACGGUUUCAGCUGAUGAUCUGAGGAAAGUGAAGAUAAAGAAAGCUACUAUUGAAUCAGCGGCUAAAAGGCUAGGCGGUGGGAAAGAAGCGAUGAAACAGCUUUUGAAGCUGAUUCUUGAAUGGGUUCAAACUAAUCAUCUACAAAGAAGACGCACCAACAACAACAAUCUCUCAUAUCAACAAGAUCCUUUUCAAAACCCUAACCUAAUCCCACCGUCUGAUCAAACAUGUUUCUCACCGUCCACAUGGGUUCCGCCGCCGCCUCAGCCACCACCACCACAACAACCGGCUUUUGUUUCGGAUCCGGGUUAUGGAUACAUGCCUGCUCCAAAUUAUCCGCCUCAAGAGUAUCUUCCGUUACUCGAGUCUCCACCGACGUGGCCACCACCACAGUCUGGUCCCAUGCCACUUCAGCAAUUCACUAUGCCAAACCCUCAGUAUACUCCAUUUCAAGACCCUGGAGGUGGUUUCACUGGAUACAACAUGAAUCCGUAUCAAUAUCCUUAUCUUCCUUCGUCUGGGCAAAUGAGAGAUCAGGGAUUGCUUCGUUUGUGUUCCUCAGCUACUAAAGAGGCUAGAAAGAAAAGGAUGGCGAGACAGAGGAGGUUCUUGUCUCACCACCAUAGACACAACAACAAUCAGCAAAACCAGACUCAAAUCGGAGAAGUCUGUGGUGCGGUGGAUCCUCAGCUUAACCAUGUACCUACUACAGCCACUGGCGGGACUUGGAUGUAUUGGCCUAAUGUCCCUGCCAUGCCACCGCCGGUAUCAUCUCAACUACCGGCGAUGGAGACUCAGCUGCCCACCAUGGACCGAGCUGGCUCUUCUUCUGUUAUGCCACGUCAGCAGGUGGUACCAGAUCGCCGGCAGGGAUGGAAACCAGAAAAGAACUUGCGGUUUCUCUUGCAGAAAGUGUUGAAGCAAAGCGACGUGGGUAAUCUCGGAAGAAUCGUCUUGCCAAAAAAAGAAGCUGAGACGCACUUGCCGGAGCUGGAGGCAAGAGACGGCAUCUCUCUGGCCAUGGAAGACAUUGGAACCUCUCGUGUUUGGAACCUGCGCUAUAGAUUUUGGCCGAACAACAAAAGUAGGAUGUAUCUCCUCGAGAACACCGGCGAUUUUGUGAAAACAAAUGGGCUCCAAGAAGGUGACUUCAUAGUCAUAUACUCCGAUGUCAAGUGUGGAAAAUAUUUGAUACGAGGGGUUAAAGUAAGACAACCAGCGGGACAAAAGCCAGAGGCGUCGUCGUCAGCAGCUGUAACGAAGAGACAAAGCAAGUCGCAGAGGAGCAUUAACAACAACUCUCCGUCUGCAAAUAUAGUCGCUUCACCACCUUCUCAAGCAGUUAAAUGA